AUGUUAGUGCAAGCUUAUAACCUAAUGGCUCGUGCCUUCCUUCUCUUCCUCUUAUUCUCUUGCAUUAUAUCUACAAAUAUCCAUGCCUGCAAACAAAUUGAACGCAGCUCCCUCCUGCCCUUUGCCUCCACUCUAUCUUCUCCUCCUUUAAAUUGGACAUCUCUUGAUUGCUGUCGUUGGAAAGGCAUCACUUGUGAUCAAGAUGGUUGGGUCACCAGUUUGCUCUUACCUUCCAAAGGGCUCAAAGGAGCAAUCACUUUCUUUGGUGCAAUUCCAUCUUCAUUCUUCCAACAAGCAAGCAACUUGACUAGUUUCAAUGUUAGCAACAAUACCUUCAAGGAACUGCAUUUGUUAAACAACAACUUGGAAGGAGAUAUCUUCAUGCUUGAUUUCUCCAGACUUAGUCAACUUACUAAACUUGACCUCAAGAUGAAUAAAAUCUCUGGUAUGGUUCGUGUAAGCCUUUACUCAUGUCGGUCGUUAAAAGCCAUUGGAUUGAGUAGAAAUCAUCUAGAGGGACAAAUACAAGCUGAAAUUAUUUCAUUGAAAUCCUUGUCCUUCCUCUGCCUUGGUCACAACCGAUUCACCAACCUCACAGGGGCAAUGAAUAUAUUAAUGAGUUGCAAAAGUCUUCAUGUACUCAUGCUUGAUGGUGCCUUUAAAGGUGAGGGAAUGCCAUCGGAUGAUGACAUGGUUGAUUUUGAUGGAUUCCAAAAUCUUCGGUUAUUGAGUUUGUUUAAUUCUGACCUCACUAGUCAAAUGCCUAUAUGGUUAUCAAAGCUCAAGAAUAUAGAGAUCUUGCGACUGGAUUUUAAUCAAUCGCAAGGCCAAUUCCAAGUUGGUUGGGGACUAUGCCUAGACUGUUUCAUAUCUACUUGUCAGAGAACCAAUUUUCAGGUGACUUUCCAAAGCAACUUUGUAGACUACCAAGGUUGGUACAUGAACCUAAUAUUGCAUCUCAAUUAG